UCCCUCCCUCCCUGGUCUCUUGAGGGCCCUCGGCCGACCCGGCCUCUCCGGAGCCCGAACCUUCCAGAACCUUCCCUGCCUCCACCGGGGGAGGGUGGAGGGGCAGGCCCGCCUGACCUGAGGGGAAGCGGAGGACCUGAGGAGGCCUCACAAAGCCCUUCUGUGGCGCCAGUACAGGAAAUUAAGUGGACACAAGAACUCCCUCCCCCACCCCCCCCAGUAACAAUGAAGGGGCUGGUUGGAUUCUACUGAAAGUUGUACCUCUUAACCUAAGAAGAGCUGAUGCUGAGACCAAAUUUGAGGAAGGACCAUGGAGCAGCCCAGAGGCAGAAGUUUCAUGCAAGUACUUUGUGAGAAAUACAGUCCAGAAAAUUUCCCAUACCGUCGUGGUCCUGGGAUGGGCGUGCAUGUUCCAGCUACACCUCAGGGUUCACCUAUGAAAGAUCGUCUCAACCUCCCCAGCGUGCUUGUGUUGAACAGCUGUGGGAUAACCUGUGCAGGGGAUGAAAAUGAGAUUGCCGCCUUCUGCGCUCAUGUGUCUGAGCUGGAUCUUUCUGACAAUAAACUGGAAGACUGGCACGAGGUCAGUAAAAUUGUGUCAAAUGUCCCUCAUUUGGAGUUUCUCAACUUGAGUUCCAACCCUUUGAAUCUGUCAGUUUUGGAGAGGGGAUGUGCCGGGUCCUUUGCCGGGGUCCGCAAACUUGUGCUCAACAACAGUAAAGCUUCCUGGGAGACGGUCCACACACUGCUGCAAGAACUACCAGACUUGGAGGAACUCUUCUUGUGCCUUAAUGACUAUAAAACAGUGUCUUGUUCUCCAGUUUGCUGUCACUCUCUCAAGUUACUCCACAUCACUGACAAUAAUCUCCAAGACUGGCCUGAAAUCCGAAAGUUGGGGAUCAUGUUUCCGUCUCUCGACACGCUCGUCCUGGCCAAUAACUACCUAACGACCAUUGAAGACUCAGAAGAUUCUCUGGCAAGGCUGUUCCCAAAUUUGCGAUCCAUCAGCCUGCAUAAGUCAGGUCUGCAUUGCUGGGAAGACAUUGACAAGCUUAAUUCUUUGCCCAAACUGGAGGAAGUGAGGCUCUUGGGCAUCCCACUCCUUCAGCCCUACACCAACGAGGAGCGCAGGAAGCUGGUAAUAGCAAGGCUACCAUCCAUCAAUAAGCUGAAUGGGAGUGUCAUUGUAGAAGGAGAGCGAGAAGACUCAGAGAGAUUUUUCAUUCGUUAUUACAUGGACUUUCCCCAGGAGGAAGCCCCUUUCAGGUAUCAUGAACUAGUGACAAAAUAUGGCAAGCUGGAAAAACUGGCCGUGGUAGACCUACGGCCCCAAAGCAGCGCAAAAGUUGAAGUCCACUUCAAAGACCAGGUGGAGGAAAUGAGCAUCCGACUGGACCAGACCGUGGCCGAAUUAAAGAAACAGUUGAAGUCUUUGGUCCAGUUGCCCACCAGUGGUAUGCUGGUCACCUACUUGGAUCACGAAGCUCCCUUUGGCCCUGAGGAGAUGAAAUACAACUCGCGGGCCCUGCACUCUUACGGCAUUCGGGACGGAGAUAAAAUCUACGUAGAGCCCAAAACCAAGUAGCUUUGUCUGCUCCCAAUGGCGCUCCACCCCAUGCACGCAGCCGAGGAGCCCUCUGCAAGUCCGGGGGGGAGGGGAGGGAUUUCAUUUUGGUCCAUUGGUUGAGGUUCAGUUUUAGGUAAGCCCCAGGUAACUUCCCUAGCCCAGGUUAGCAGGCCCCGAUCCAUGAGAUGGACGCCACAGUCCAGCACAGAUGAGGACGAUGGUUUCAAACAGCAGGGGGUGGACUUUAAGCACAUGUGCGUUUCCUCUUUGAUUCCUCUUCAGCUGCGCCGCUAUACUUGUGAACUCAAUAUUAAAAAAAAAAAGGAAAAGGAAACAAAGGAAGGCUUUUUUCAAAGCGCCAAAGGGUGACUGUGGGUGCUCAGUCAGGGAACGGAAGGUUCAGAACCUACACGAGGUACAUGUUUAAGACGUUUUGUGCGGCUUUUGUUCACGGCUGGACUCGGAUUACACACGGUCACUUUGCGGUCUCUCCACCUGGGUGGUCUUGUCAUCUGGUUGUUAUCCAAGGUUAGGCUGGAUGAAAAAAAAUGUCCUAUCAGCUGUGUUCCAUAAGACUUGAGUCUGCAGGACCAGUCUCUAAGCUGAAAGCUAUUUUUCAGAAAAAAACGAGAGGCACGAAACACACAGGGCACGCCCACGUUGCAGCUUCCCAGGUACAGUAAGCAGAGUGCCCUGCUAAGCUGUGAUGGUUUCAUUAACUUUUACUUCGCUUACCAGCUUUCAGGAAGCCCUUGGGCAUUCAGCGGAUAGCACUUAGGAUCAUGGGCCAAUAUAUCUGGCGUCACUUAGUCGGCUCAUCUUCUUUGUGAGGGUUCGCUCUUAGUUGCUGGAAACAGCCCCUCAAGUUGUGAAUGGCUCCUGUCCUGACCAUCAACCUGGCUCUUUGCCAAAGGCCCCUUAUAUGUUCUGUAUGGUAGCAUUUUUAAAACUGGCUCCUCCCUCUCCUCCUUCCUCAAAAAAACCAUGUGUUUCUUUCACUUUCCUGCUUUAAUCUUACAAUAACCUUGCGAGGUAGGGUUGGUUGAGAAGUAGGAAUGGGUUCAUGGGCCUUUAGGGAGCUGCAUUGUAUUUGAGCCAGUCUCCUCCCUGGUUCCAGUCUUCAUAUUAAGACUGCUGCAGCACAGUGGAAACCAAGGCCUGCGCCACUCUAGAUGUUUGCUAGUACUUUGCACUUUUUAAUGCUGAUACAAGGGUUCACCAGAGCUGUUGGUCAUCCACGGUGAUGGUUCACCAUUUGUGGGUAUGAGGUGUUGAACUCUUCCAGUCUGAAGAUCUCCCAGAAACAGUGCAUUACAUAGAGCAGAGCGUGGCAGGCGGGCUUCUCUUGCGUGCUCUAAAAGCAAACCUCCCAACAGUGAUGUGGCUAGAGGGAUGGGUAUGUUUUUUUGAUCAGAAACAUGGGAAACCAUCACGAAGGAGAUACAAAACGCUGUCUACUGUUCUUGGAGAACCUCUCUCCACCCAUCUUCCCUGCCCUCCCACUCCCCAUUGCCAUUUUAUGUAGCUAAAUCCUUUUUAUGCUAGCUCCAUUCUUUAAAACAAAACAUGUUUACACUGUAAAUCAGACGGGACUGUUCAUCAGUAUUGCCCUCCUUUGCUCAUCAGUCAAUCUGACAAGCUGAAAACUGAAAUAGCCUUCAGUUUUACACAUGUACAGUUUACAAGCAAAAAUUGUGGCGAAGGAAGUAUUUUCCCCAGGCAGUGUGGCUGGGUUCUUGUUAUUUAUGAACCGUUGACCUUGGUUGCUUCACUUCUCUGUCUUGACAUGUAAGGUUUCUUCCUUGCAAUCUUUCUCCAUUCUCAUAGGUGGUACUUUUUUUCCUUUGUUUCAUGCAUCCAAAUCCUUGGGCAUUUUUCUCUUUUCACUAACAUUCACAACACUUUUUUUUUUUUUGUGGGCAGUAACAUUCCACCUAAGUUCCUAUACUAGGUGUAGAGAGAUGACAGCUUGAGGCAAGAUAAAACUGUUGCCUCCUCAAUGCCUGUUGAAGGCUGUUGUUUCUCCUGCAGACCUUUAAACAUAAGCAAAUAGACAAAGACUUGCAUGUGGAAACAGUAGCCCAUUCUAUGUGUAUGUCCAAGAGAUUCCAGAAAAACACGUUGGAAAGACUCUUGGUUUUAUAAACAAUGGUACACCUGAAGUUCUUUUCACUCUGUUCUGGUAGCAAAAUGCCUUUUUGCUACCUAGCACUUGAGUUCUAAACCAAUGCUUUAUGUACAAUGGUGUGUAUGUGUGCGCGUGCACGGGUGUGUGUACAAAUAUUUACCCAUAAGGGGGAAAUAGUCCUGUUAAUAAGAUAUUUUAUUAUAAAGCAAAGGUUUAUUGAGAGAUAGAAUUGUGUAAUAAUAGACUAUUAUUUUACCUGUGGACCUACGGUAUAAAGACCAGUAGCUCUCCAGUUUGUGUCAGAAGAUGGAUGAGAGUAUGAAGGAAUGCUGUCUGAUGCUACAAUACAGCAUUUCUCAAUUUUUAUCCUCUAUAUUAUAGAAUAAUAACAUAUUAAUGAGAUACUAUUAAGUGCUGAUUGGCUGUGUUCACUGCACAGGGAGUUGCAUCGUUGAAUGAAAUAUCCCACAUAUUAAAAGUCUAUGAAGGGGUUCCCUUGAAAAUUUAUGUGUGUGUGUUUCUGUUCUCCAGAGAAAGGCAUUGCUGAAUUCUUAAGGAUUGUAUAGGAUGUGGGAAACACAGAACUGUGUGAUCUCUGUGCGGAAAUUAGAAACCUGCAUCUUAAAUGAUCAUCUUACCUUGCAUAUGUUUGCGUUCUGUUUAUCCCCAUGCAAAGGGAAGGAGACGACGUGAGGCAACUCCACUUCUGCCUCGUUGGCUGGUGGAAACUUUAUUUGGACACCUCUCUGACUUCAAAUAUUUUGUUGUUGAAUUUUCCAAUGGGGCAGCAAGUGUGUCUGUAGUGGUUGAAACAAAAAACAAAACAGGAAGAAGCCAAGUCUUUUGACACUUUAAAUUCUGAUACAUUUUAUGCUACCCUCUGCUUUCCUAGACUUUUUGCUCUGCCUCAAAAUUGUGCUAGUUCUUAAAGUGCCCCAAUAUGCCCUGUCGCUUACCUUUACUUUGGGCAUCUCUAAAUGUCGCUCAUACCCCUUGUCCAAAUGAGUGACUCCUUUCCACUUAAAAUGGCCUGUUGCAGCCAGUAAGUCAUCCCAACCUGCCAGCAGCAUCAGCCUUUCCUGUCUCUCCUCUACCUCCACGUGGCACUGAUGGAAUAUCUCUAAUUGCAAACUCCAGUACAAAUAGAUGUGCAUUUAAAAAAAGGAGAACGUUGUGCAUCCUUGUCAAGCUGUGGAGCUGUAUAAGAUGUUUAUGACCUGUGCUGAUGCUAUAUUGGGUUGUUUCUGAUUUGAGUUCUGGACAGAAACUGGUUUUGCUCAACUUUUAAAGGAAGCGUCUGAAUGUUCUCUGUGGAGAUCAGUUUCAGAGGUGCUGUUUUAGAGAACAGCACGGGUGGCUAUCGCUUAGCAAAGGCACGUUUGCUGGCUCCAGGCAAGCUAAAAAAAUUUAAAACAUUUCUCCUUGGUUAGCUGUUGCUUGAAUUGACCUUAAGAUGAGGUUUGGUUCACAAGGACCAAAGUCAUUCUUACCACUGAACCCAUUGGUCGCUUGAUCAAUUAUGCCCAGUAGGCUAGCCAAUAUGGUUGGAGAUAAUGGCUUGCUUUGGAGCGGCCUCCUUACUCCUGGCCUCUGGCUUCCAACAUGGCAGUUGAUGCAUUAAUUGGCUUCAUGCCGUCUUAGAAACCAUAGCCUUCCUUCCCAAGCAACUAAGUGUCUAGUUCUCAUUGGUGUUCCCUGCCUGUACAAAGCUCACUGUACGUUAGCUGGUGUAUUCUGUGCACUGGAAAGAGCCAUUCCUUUCCCGUUUGUGAUCUCCUUUGGCUUCUCCAAGGAUCUGCACUUUUCCAACAUAAGUGAGUGACAUUCAAAAGUAUUCAUGUCCCUUGUCAAGUCCACCCGUGCAAGCUGAUUUCUUCAGAUUCUUGUGUAAUUCUCAGCAGCACUUUUUCCCUCAGCUCAUAUUGAACUUGUGGUGUUUGGAUGUGUAAGAUGCAGAACUCAGGGAACUGUUUGUCUCUGGGUCUAAGCCAUAGAAAAAUAUAUAUGAUGAAAUAAUGUUAUUGGGGGGGGGGAAUAUGGACAUAUGUGAUUCCAGCAGUUGGCUGUAAUACGUCUGGCUUAGGAAAAACUGUUGGUUUGCAAUAUGGGGAGGAAAGGGGGCAAAUUCUGUGCAUGCUAGACCCAAAUUUAGCAUUCAGAAUAAAUUAUGCAAAUUGUCAAA